AUGGAGUUUGUCAUACGUUACACUUCGCCACAAGGAAAAGUUUAUUACUCACUUAGAGCAGCCUGCAUGGAUGAAAAGCAUNGUCGUCAAAUGUUCAACAUUUUUCACCCAGAUGAUCCUGUAGCAUAUAGAGUAGAACCACUUGUCUGUAAAGAGUUCCUCACCGUACGGCCAGUUAUUAUCCCUUACCAUAGAGGUGGAAAGAGGCUGCAUAUAUGGGUUCCAGGAAUUUACUUAAGAUGUAGCUGCUCGUUCUCAGGCAAUAGUGGACCAAUUCAACUCUGUAAGGGCUUUAGUACUUGCAGUUUGUCAAUCGAGAAAUGCAGAUGCCCUAGAAGGUAA